AUGUGGCGGGCGGUGGCGGCGGGCCGCCGGGUGCUGCGGCCUGUCUCCGCCGCGGCGGGGGGUGCCCUCCGCCCGCAGCCGCCCCGCCAGCUGGCAGGCGCUCCUCGCGGGGGGUGUGCGCCGGCGAGGGCCGCGGCAAGCGGCGGAGGAGGAGCUGGGGCGCUGGCGGAGCGGCCUCAGGUGGCAGAUACUGUUCUUCCCAAGUUCAACAUUGACUUUGUUGUAGCUCUUCUGAGGCAGGAAAAUGCUAAAGACAUCUGUGUCAUCCAGCUACCUCCAGAAGUCAAAUACUGUGAUUAUUUCAUAAUCGUCAGUGGAUCUUCACCACGACAUCUCCAUGCAAUGGCACAGUACAUGCUGAAAAUGUACAAGUAUUGCAAAGAAGAAAGCAACCCUCAUACUCGGAUUGAAGGGAAAGAGACAGAUGACUGGCUGUGCAUUGACUUUGGUAGCAUAGUGGUGCAUUUCAUGCUGCCAGAGACACGAGAAGUUUAUGAAUUGGAGAAGCUAUGGACUCUUGGUUCCUACGAUGACCAGUUGGCACAGAUGACUCCACAGUCACUGCCAGAAGACUUUAUCUUUAGACUGACUCCGAACAACAGUGAUCAUCUGGAGAAAGAACUUCAUACAGCUGUUGAGUGGAAAGAGAAAUGAGUGUGCCUGCAUGGGUCUGAAAGGCACAUACAGGCUUCAUUAGUGAUUUAGCAGUCACUACAGUUGACCAGUACGAAACAGUGUAUUUACUGGAUGUACCUAGCCAGAGUUCUAAACAAGCUACAGAUAUGAUCAUUCAUAGUAUCCUGGAGGUUGGAAAGGAAACCUUGAUUCUAGCCAUAAAAUGUCAGAGGGAAUCCUGUCAUAAGGGAGCUUCCUGGGGGAGUCAUUGUUGCAGUGGAAUUUGCAGUGAGAAGAGCAGGGCAAAGAGCUGCUUAACCUCUUUACCCUGAAACUCAUGUUUAGCCUCUAGAGCAAUUGCUUUUGUUUGAAAGGCCUGCUUGUAGAAGCAAUGCAAGAAGACUUGAGGUCUGCAAGAUAAAACUAUGUGAAAUAGUAAGUUUAGAUGAGGCUUCUGGUAUUAAGCCAUUUGCUUCUGGUCAAGAUGAAGCAAGUCGUGCUCUGCUCUGGAGGAGAAAAAACAGACUGGUGAUACUGAGUGCAUGAGCUGAGAGCAGCAGUGACAAAUAAAUGUGCCUUGAGUUAACAAAGCAGUAAGUUUUUUCAGCCAAGGCCAAUCUGGUUUUAAUAAUAGUAAUAAAAAACACAGCCCUGAAGAGCUUUAGUUCCUUGUCUUUAUGUUAAAACAGUCAGCUCAUUCUAAGUGUGCAGCUGGCUCCUUUGCUGCUUUUCCUCUCACCUAGUUUCUGGAAAGGGAUGCUAAGCAAAUGUGCUAUGGCAGUGUAAACCUCCAGCUCCUGUGAGAUGGGCAAAAUUAGCUCUAAAGGAAACCCUUCAUCACUGAGCAUUACUUCCUGUUGAUGGUCCCUUCAGCACUUGCACAAGUCAUUGCGCAGUGUGUUCUUAGUCUGAUUGCUGCAUGAUCUAAUAACCAGUUAGUAGAGCUUCAAGAUGUUAACAAAACUUGUCUAUGUAAAACAAGAUGCUUUUCUCAAUACAGGACAGCAUUUUUGUCACUAGAUUAGGAUCUCUUCCUUUUGGAGAAGCUUGCUCUGCUGUGCAUCAGGAAAUGGGAACAGUAGAACUUGAGGGUAAUCAGUUUUCUCCCUGAAGCCCCACAAAGUAGUUGAAUGCCCUGUCUGCAUCUGUUCCCUAUACAUCAGCUGCUGUUCGUGACACUCAAAGUGACCAUGUUUUUCCUGCUUGUGGUUGUGUUCAGGGGGAAGGGGUGGGUUGGUUUUUAAGAAACAACUAACCAACCUUCUCCUUCAUUUCUGUCUGGUCACUUUUUCUUGCUGUGCCUACUCUCUGUUCCUUGAGGGAUAACUGCCCCUGAGUUCACCUGCUGUUCAGUACCAGGCAGCAGAUAGUUCUGCAACUUAAACAAGGACCCUUUAUUAAACGUGGUUAAACUGUGCAGGUGGAUAAAACAUCUUUGCCCUCAAAAUAAAUGUGCUGGUGGCAAGUC